AUGAAGCAACUACUCGUAGCUAUCUUUGCAAUACCGAUGCUGUUAUUCCUUACACUCAUUAGCGAGUUGUGGCGUAAUAAUGAGGAAGGGAAUUCAUCUACAAUAAGCUCAAAGAUUCCAAUAAGCUCACUGCAACAACCUUACCUUCCCGAUAGAAACAUAAAAUACACAAAAAAUGGGAGAAGGACACAUCACUUCUCAAUCCUUCAAAAAGUGGAACGCGAGAAUGUACACAUGAAGCCGUUUCCUCAUUUGGUAAUAAGAGAAGCACUCCCACAAGACAUAUACAGCAGAAUUGAUAGCAAUUUCCCUCCUUCUGACCUUUUCCAAAAAAUAAAUAGCUUUCGCAAGGUAUCAGCUGGAAAGCAAAAUUUUGGGAAAGAAAACUACAGAUAUGAUAUUUUGCCAAAAGAGAUUAGAGAAUUUUUGCCCGAGCCUUAUCCGUCCCUUCUUGAGUAUCAUUCUUCAUGUGCAUUUUAUCUUGAAGUACGUGACUUAUUCGAAGAAGGGAUUCAACGCUUUCGUCCAGAUUUUUACAAAUUCUUAAAUAAUAAGAAUUUAUGUUCUGAGUUGUUUUCAGAAGGAAAAAAAGACUCUGGCGAGGAUGAGCUUUUAAUGGCGAUGAGAGUUGGAAUUAAUUCACCUAGUAAAAUUGCUUCAAGCAAUAAAGGACCACAUAUUGAUCGUAUGAGUGAAAUUUUCGGAAGUUUAUUGUAUGUCAGAAAUGAGAGCGACAAGACAGCUGGUGGGGACUUCCAUAUACAUUCAUGUAGACGAAGGUGUUCGAGAAUCUUGAAUCUAUUGAAAAAAAAUAAACAGUUAGAGUCACCGCUGCUUAAGAUAAUCAAAACUGUUAAGUACGAGGCUAACACGCUAGUUUUUUUUAUUAAUAGUCCACUUUCUAUACAUUCGGUAGGUUUGAGGCAUCCUGGAAAUUUCAAUCGUCAGUUUCUGAGUAUAUAUGGAGAUGUGAUGAAAAUCUCAAAGAAGUACGUACACGAUGAAAGUUGUUGUAGCAACUGUGUUGAAGGUGUAAUUGGCUGCAAGUUUCUUUAA